ACUAGCCGCGCCUCGCAGAGCGGGAUUGAAUGGGAAAGAGCGGGGCCGUCUUUGUCAUUAAUCCUCCCCUCCUUCGGGCAAGCCAAGCUUCUUCCGGGUCAGCGACCAUCCCCGCCACCCCACUCGGGGCCACGGUCCCCCCGCAGCGCUAGUCUCUGGCCCGCGAGCACCGGCCCCCGCCACCCGCAGGUUGCGGAGGGAGGAGGGCGGGAGCGGGCGGCGCGGAGCCGGGAGGCGGGGGAGGGGCCGGCGUCCAAGGCGGCGGCGGCGGCGGCGGCGGCUGGAGCAGCCUCUGGCAGCAGCAGGGAGAAUGGGAGUGCGGGGCGCCAGACCGCCGCGGGGUGUCACGGCCGCCACGAAGCCUGCGAGGCGCGGGGCCGGCGCCCGCGGCUUUUAAACCCGGGAAGGCGCGGCGGCGGCGGCGGCGGCGGCGGCGGGCAGAUCGCGGCGCGCACCAGGCGCCGGGGCGGCGGCCGAAUGGAGAGAAAGGGCUCGGCGGCCGGGGCCAAGGGGAACCCGAGCCCGCCCGCGGCCGGAGAGGGGCAGCGGCCACCGCCGCCGCUGUGCGUCCCGGGCGGCGGCGGAGGAGCCCCAGCGAGGGGCCAGGUCGGGGCGGCGGCCGAGCCGGCCGAGCUCAUCCGACGAGCGCACGAGUUCAAAAGCCAAGGGGCUCAGUGCUACAAGGACAAGAAAUUCCGUGAAGCCAUCGGCAAAUACCACCGGGCGUUGCUGGAGCUGAAGGGGCUGCUGCCGCUCCCCGGGGAACGGGAGCGGGACUCGCGCGCGGCCUCCCCGGCUGGGGCCCUGAAGCCCGGCCGCCUCUCGGAGGAGCAGAGCAAGACGGUGGAAGCCAUCGAGAUCGACUGUUACAACAGCCUGGCAGCCUGCCUGCUCCAGGCUGAGCUGGUAAACUAUGAACGAGUCAAGGAAUAUUGCCUCAAAGUCUUGAAGAAGGAAGGGGAGAACUUCAAGGCCCUUUACCGGUCUGGUGUGGCCUUCUACCACCUUGGGGACUAUGACAAAGCACUCUAUUACCUGAAAGAAGCAAGGACCCAACAACCAACAGACACCAACGUGAUUCGGUAUAUCCAGCUGACGGAGAUGAAACUCAGCCGAUGCUCCCAGAGAGAGAAAGAAGCCAUGUAACCAGGAAGCAGCUCCAGAGCUGCGCCCACGCCUGACCGGGAACCUCCAGGCAUCCCCUGGCAGAGAGCCCAGUCCUGGGUUCUGUCCCUUUCUCCCCACUUCUUCUGGCUCCUCGUUUUUCCUCCUGUUGCACCCCAACUCUUUGUCUCCUCCCAGUACGGAAAGGAGAGAUGCAAAUGUGGAAUCUGGUAGGUUGCCCAGACAAUGGAGACAUCCUCUCCUCUAGCAGGUCAGCGACUGAGAGGGGCCCGACUUCUGCUGGGACAGCUGGAGAGGAGUCUCAUGGGCUGGGAUGCUGUUGUGGCUUUGACUUUGGCCAGUGCUUCUGACAGAGGCGGAGCCUGGCAAGUGUACCAUCCCACAGGCAGCAGGCACACAGCCCAUGGGCUGGAUCCUUCCACACCUUCCUGACAGACCAGAACCAGAGCAUCUCGAGGCAACUGUUAGAAAUCCAGGAACGAGACAAACAGCAGAAGCGCUGGUGAAGCCGACAUAGAGACUGUCAAUGUGUACACUGGAGUUCCCACCCCCCACCCCCCACCCAUCACUUAGCCCCUGCCUCCUUCCCCCACUCCUCUUGGCUUGUGCUUUCUCCUCUCCCCAUCGGGGAUCCGAGACUCUGCCAGGAUUCACAUGCCACUGAAGCCCACUCAGUGCCCUCUGGUGACCACACAUACCAUUCCCCCGGACUCCCACCCAGCAGGCAGCUGUGACCGCAGAAGGGCAGGAUGAAGUGGGCCAAGGUUUGGGACAGGUUGACUGUGUAGGUGACAGGGAGGGAAAGAUGAUGACCAGGGGAAAGAGCAUCGUAUAGGCUAGGGGAUUGAACUGUGGACUGAUUCAGUGUAAAUAAAAAUAAAUUAACAGGUAGUAGUUCCUGUCAGUUCUGUUGGAAGCAGCCCACUCCCUCACUUUUACUACUUCCUCCAACCCUCAAUCAGAGCUACUUACAGCCAGGCAGGAUGGGGCUUCCCCCAAAGCAAUUGGCCGUUUGUCCAGUGGCAGACAAUGGUGGCUACAGCCUUUGUGCUUUUAAGAGUGGGCUGGGAUUGUGGAGACUGCCCAGGGGCUUGGCUUUGUCAGAACUUGUACAAUCUUCUUUUGAUGAAAUUAUCUGAACUCAACAUCUAGCACAUAGAAUGUGUUCAACAAAUACUUGUUGAAUGAAUAAAUUAUGACUGCAGACUGGCUCUCCUGCCUUAAACUAAUUUCAUCCCAGCCUAGUCUCCUGAUGUCUGUGCUCAUUAUGCUAUGCCAUGUUGCUUCAGUCAAACAAGAAACUCUUACUGAGGGCAUAUUGUUUGCCCAUCAUUGUGCAAUAUGCUGUGGGACGUGGGAUGUCGUCUCAGUCUUCAAGGAAAUGGAAGGGUUAAGAAAUGCAUAUGAGAUUAUGACCAAUGACACCUUUAAUUUAUAUGAUGCUUUAAAAUUAUCAGAGCACUUUCAUGUAUUUUUCGUGUGACUAGUGAAAAAGACAAUGUUGUACAAAAUUAAAAUAUAUACAGAUGCAAUAAUGUGAAUAGUUAGGAUUUAUUAAAUGCAUUAUCUUCAGA